GCGCAGUUCGAUCCUUGUCGGGCGGGCUGGCAAGCUAAGUGCUUUGGCGGUGGUUGACCACGCCCGGCUGUGCGGCGCCUGUCCGGGCACGGAUCCUCUGCGACCCUUGGUCUAUUUCUCCGUUGUUACGGGGAAUAAAUCUCCCUGGAGACCGGAAACUGGCCCGGUCCUGGAAAGGGGACAGAUAGUGAAGACCCCAUCGUCUUCCUCCCAGUGGACACCGAGCCCAGCACCGGCGGCGUCCGCGGUUGGCAAUUUUGUCAGGCGUUUGUCACCUUGAAAAAUGGCUAAUGGACAGGACCGGGUGAUUGUUCUAGUGGACAUGGACUGUUUUUUUGUUCAAGUGGAACAGCGGCAAAAUCCUCAUUUGAGGAAUAAACCCUGUGCAGUCGUACAGUACACAGCAUGGAAGGGUGGCGGAAUAGUUGCAGUGAGUUAUGAAGCUCGUGCAUUUGGGGUCACUAGAAGCAUGUGGGCAGAUGAAGCUAAGAAGUUAUGUCCAGAUCUUCUACUGGUAGAAGUUCCUGAGUCCCGUGGGAAAGCUGACCUCACCAAGUACCGGGAAGCCAGUGUGGAAGUGAUGGAGGUAAUGUCUCGUUUUGCUAUGAUUGAACGUGCCAGCAUUGAUGAGGCUUUCGUAGACCUGACCAGUGCUGUACGAGAGAGACUGCAAAAGCUACAAGGUCAGCCUAUCUCAGCAGACUUGUUGCCAAGCACCUAUAUUGAAGGGUUGCCCCAAGGCUCUACAACAGCAGAAGGGACUGAUGAGAAAGAGGAGAUGCGAAAACAAGGCUUAUUUCAAUGGCUUGAUUCUCUUCAAACUGAUAACACCACCUCUCCAGACCUGCAGCUCACCGUGGGAGCAGUGAUUGUGGAGGAAAUGAGAGCAGCCAUAGAGAGGCAGACUGGUUUGCAGUGUUCAGCUGGAAUUUCACACAAUAAGGUCCUGGCGAAACUGGCCUGUGGACUAAACAAGCCCAACCACCAGACCCUGAUCUCACAUGGGUCAGUCCCACAGCUCUUCAGCCAAAUGCCUAUUAGCAAAAUCCGUAAUCUUGGAGGAAAGCUAGGGGCCUCUGUCAUUGGAAUCCUGGGAAUAGAAUACAUGGGUGAACUGACCCAGUUCACUGAAUCCCAGCUCCAGAGUCAUUUUGGGGAGAAGAAUGGAUCUUGGCUAUAUGCUAUGUGCCGUGGGAUUGAACAUGAUCCAGUUAAACCCAGGCAAAUACUCAAAUCCAUUGGCUGCUGCAAGAACUUCCCAGCAAAAGUGGCCCUGACAACCCAGGAACAGGUACAAUGGUGGCUUUUGCAGUUAGCCCAGGAACUAGAGGAGAGACUAAUCAAGGACCGAAAUGAGAAUGACAGGGUGGCCACCCAGUUGGCUGUGAGCCUUCGUGUGCAAGGAGACAGACGUCUGAGCAGCCUGCGCCGCUGCUGUGCUAUUACCUGCUAUGAUGCUCACAAAAUGAGCCAUGAUGCAUUUGCUGUCAUCAGGAACUAUAAUGUUUCAGGAAUCCAAAAUGAAUGGUCCCCUCCCCUCACAAUGCUUUUCCUCUCUGCUACCAAGUUCUCUGCCUCUACUCCUUCAUCUUGCACAGACAUCACCAACUUCUUGAGCAAUGACCCAAGUUUAGUGCCAAAGGUGCCAAUUACCAGUUCAGAAGCUAAAACCCAAGGAAGUGGCCCAGGAGUGACGGCCACCAAGAAAGCAACUACUUCCUUGGAAUCAUUCUUCCAAAAAGCUGCAGAAAAGCAGAAAGUCAAAGAACCUUCACUUUCACCUCUUACUGCCACUACCCAGGACCCCAUGGGCGAUUCACCAUCCAAGCCAUCAUUACCUUUCCAAACCAGUCAUGCUACAGGAACUAAGCCCUUCUUUAAGCAGAAAAGCCUGCUUUUAAAGCAGAAACUGCUUAAUGAUCCUUCAGCUUUCUUCCCUCCACAAAAUCCACAAUGCAGCCCUAAAGAGUUACCAAAUGAUUUUCCAAUAGAACAUCCUGAUUGUGUCCCUGUCUGUGAAGAGGCGGUGAAGCUAGGAUCCUCCAGAGCAACUCUUACAGAGAUGGAUUUGACCCAGAAGAGCCCAAGCCAGCUUGCUUCUUUAACUUCCAAGUCUGCUCUGGAGGUGGCUCAGAAGGCAACUACCACCCCAAGUCUCCUGGCUGCUGAGGACCAACUGCCCUGUGAGAAAUGUGGCUCUCUGGUACCUGUGUGGGAGAUGCCAGAACACUCGGACUAUCAUUUUGCAUUGGAGUUGCAGAAAUCCUUUUUGCAGCCCUAUUCCUCCUCAAACCCCCGGGCUGUUUCUGCCAGUUCUCCUCAAAACAAAAGAAAUCCCAAGAGCCCUUCAGCUUCCAGUAGUAAACGCCCCAGGCCUGAGGGCAUGAAGACACUGGAAUCAUUUUUUAAGCCAUUAACACACUAGUGCUGCCCUCAGGCUUGCUACGGGGUUUUAAUAUUUUAUCUGUAACCUAGGAGAUGGAAAUAUGUUCAAUUCUCAAGGAAAUUCCUAACUUUAUGAAAUUUUUAGUAAGAAAAGUAAUCCAGCUAGAUGCUGAGUUAAGGCUCCCAUCUCUUCACAGGCAUGGAUUCAAAUGUUGCUGAUAGAGAUGUAAAAUUCUUCUUCCAGAGAUAUAACUGCUUUGAGUUUUUAAUCGUUGGAGUCUAGGGAGGCAGCAUCAUAUAGUAAAAAAUGUGUAGGCCUUGGAGCCUAAGAGAUGUGGUUUCAAACCUGGCUCUGCCUUGUGGAGGUCACUUUCCUCACUUCUCAUCUGUAAAAUUGAGAAAAUACCUUACGGAUUAUUGAAGAUUAAGAAUGAUGUAUUUAAAGUAGGUAGCUUAAAGUUGGCACUGAAAAGGAACUGAGUAAAAAAAUAUUAAAAAAUUUUUUUUUCCUAUAGCUCUGUGACAGGGGCAGUUCAGAUAAUGCCUUGACCAAAAUUCGAGGUUUGAGAAUGUGAGGUAAAGACUUGAAACCCUAAAGGGAUAAUUAGUUUAGGGCAGGGCUCUGUAUACAGAAGCUUGUCAAUGAACAAAAAUUCGACAGUAAACUUAAAGAUCUAAUUGGUUUUAUUCAACAUUCAUGAAUUGGGCAGCAUCCCAUCUAGUAAAUAGAAAGGGCUCAGAGGAGUUGUACAAAAAGCAAGAUAUUUAUAGGCAGAAACUGGGUUGGACAAGAAAGUUAUUAGCAAAAGAAAAGAAAGGAUUGUUUCAGGCAAGGUCACCAGUCACCUUUCUUUGGGGAAAGGGUGGCAGGGUCUUAUCAGGCAGAUUACCUCACUAGUGUUGAUCAGGAACUUCCAGACUGAUUGGUUUAAGGUCACAUUCCUGGCAGGGGCUGAAACUGCAAUUAAGUCUUGCUUUGCUGUCCUGGGUACAAGUGACUCUACCUUGGGCCUAUUGUUUAUUUUAAAAAGCUACUCAAUAAAUACUGAAUUUCAUACAUGUAAACUCUAUUAUAGCCACAAUUUUAGAUAAACUUUUUUUUUGCCUGAGCUAACAUCUGUUGCCAAUCUUCCUCUUUUCUUUUUUCCUCCCCAAAGCCCCAGUACGUGGUUGUACAUCCUAGUGGUAAGUUGUUCUGCUUCUUCCAUGU